UCUAACCCAUCCGUUCUGUGUGUGUGUUUCCAGAACUCUAGGUUUUCUCUGGUGUGUGAGGAUCCAGACUGUUGGAUGAGUCUGCUCCCUCUGACCUCUGACCUCUCAUCUGCCAACUGCACCAUCUACAGCCAACGUGAAGAAUUGUUCUGUAAGGUGACCAGGGAGCUUGCAGCUGGUGAAAGGCUCCUGGCGGCCCUGUCCCCACCUGUGGGCUCCUGCUCCUCCCCCCCCCAGGCCCAGCUAUCUCCUCCACUCAGCCUCGUCACCCAGAAGCCCCCUGUGGGGACGGAGGACUCUCUGUACCCCCCAGCUCUGCGCUCAGAGAUCCAGCUCCUCCCACAGCAGGCUGGCAUGGCCGCCAUCUUGGCUACUGCCAUUGUCAACAAGGACAUCUUCCCAUGCAAGGACUGUGGGAUCUGGUACCGCAGUGAGAGGAACCUGCAGGCCCACCUCAUGUAUUACUGUGCCAGCCGGCAGAAGCAGCCUGCUGCAGCCUCGUCUCCGCCACAGGACAAACCCAAGGAGUCCUACCCCAACGAGCGCAUCUGCCCCUUCCCACAGUGCAACAAGAGCUGCCCCAGUGCCAGCUCACUUGAGAUCCACAUGCGCACACACAGUGGUGAGCGUCCAUUUGUCUGUCUCAUCUGUCUGUCAGCCUUCACCACUAAAGCGAACUGUGAGCGCCACCUUAAGGUCCACACUGACACACUGAACGGGGUGUGUCAUGGCUGUGGCUUUGUCUCCACAACAAGGGACAUCCUUUACAGCCAUCUGGUCACCAGCCACAUGGUUUGCCAGCCGGGGUCUCACAGUGAGGUCUACUCCCCAGGUCCCGGCCUACCCAAGCUCCCGCUGUCCACUGGUCUCAGUCCAGGAGACUCUGGUGUGGUGCUGAAGUGUCAAGUGUGUGGCCAGAACUCUGACUCACCUGCCCAGCUUCAGCAGCAUGUGCGAACCCACCUAGAGGUUAGGGUCCCAGUCGAAAGGAGCCCCACCCCCUGCCAAAGCACCCCAUCUUCAGUUGACAACCCCCACCUCCAGCAGUCUCCCCAGGACAGGGAGUCCCUGGCCUGUGUCCCUACGCCAGAAUCGGUCAGUCCUGGUGCAAACGGAGGCUCCGCCACGCCUCGAGACUACAGUCCUAUUGAUGUAAAGAUCAAAGAGGAGCCUCCUUCGGACUUGGAGACAGAAGAGCAGCAAAUGGAGAUUAGGGAGGCUGGAGAAGAUGAGGAGCUGGGUGAAGAGGCAGGAGAUCAAGAAGCAACAAGGAAGACAAACAAGAAGCAAACAUCCUCCUUCCAGACAUCCACCUCUCCAAAAAGUCUGGCCACUGGAACUGUAAAGGCAGAACCGACUAGUCCCACCCCUGGUUCUAGCCCCGCACAUGUCAGUGGUACAGGCUCAGUUCUUCCCGGAGGAGCAAUGUUCUUGUCUCAGUACAUGUUUAAUCCUGAAGCCGCCAUCCUGCCUCAGGCCUCAGAGAUACUGGCUAAAAUGUCAGAGAUGGUCCACAGCCGUCUGAAGCAGGGCCAGACAGUUCCUCAGAACAACCCGGCUGCAUUCCUACCCUCUGGACCAACUGCACCUACAGCCACAGCCACUCCUCCUCACAAAGGAGCCACCUGCUUUCAGUGCGAUAUCACCUUCAACAACAUCAACAACUUUUAUGCACAUAAGAGGCUGUACUGCUCCAGUAGGCAUCAUGGAGAAGGUGCAACCUCAGCUUCAGACCCUGGGGCAACUAGAGAUGCAGCGCCAGCGACACUCCCUUCCAGUGGGGCCCAUGGCACGUCAGCAUCACCUCAGGGCGGAGCAGCAAGUAGGGCCGCCUCUGCUUCUCCCUCUGACUCUGACCCUCCUGCAGGCAGUGGAGCAACAGAAUCUGGGAGGGUCGUGGAAGUGAAGACAGAAACCCCUACAGGAAAGGAAGGACUAUCAUCCUCUUCAGAAGGGGAAGGUGGAGGUGGAAGUGUGGGAGGAGGUGGAGGAGGAAGAGCAAGCGAAGGCAGCCAGAGUCCUGCAAGUGGUUUUGCAGAAGAACAAGAAGACGAUCCUAACAGAACAUUCUGCGGAGCCUGCAACAUCCGCUUUAGUCGUCAUGAGAACUACACCGUUCACAAGCGCUUCUACUGCGCCUCCCGCCAUGACCCAUCCAACCACCGGUCCCUACACAUGGCCAAGGGAACAACCACAACGCCUUUCCUUCCCCAACCCAUCAGGACACGCAAGAGAAAGAAGAUGUAUGAGAUUCACAUGGCCAGAACUGAAGCCUUAGCCAACGCUGCUGCUGCUGCUGCCGCUGCGUCCGCGGCUGCCUCGGCUCCGUCUGCCUCUGUUCUGGGCUUGGCAGUGAAAGAGGAAGGUUCUCCCAGCGGGGCAGGCAGCUCCAGCCCUGAAGGAGAUGGCCCGAUUGACCUCAGCAAGAGGCCCCGUCUGAGAGAGGUUCCACCAAACAGCAGCAGCAGUGUUCUCCCCUCCCUGCCACUCACUGACUACCACAAGUGCACUGCAUGCAGUAUCAGCUUCAACAGCAUUGAGAACUACCUGGCUCAUAAGACCUACUACUGUCCUGCCACCACCCUGCAGCCUCACACCCUGGAGCAGCUUCAUAGGCUCAAGAGAUCGGCCUCUACCUCUCCCAAAAGCAGGCCUCAGCAGGAGCGCCCAGAACUUCUGCACCCUAUAGAGGCUAAAGCUCUGCCAGCUGAGUGGGUUGCCCUUGCUCAAAGCACAUCGUCCAGUCCUCACCCCUCCGCCUUACCCGCCUCUGAUGCCACGUCUCCUCUCCAUACAGCCACCACACUGGCAGACAUCCCAGGAGCCGGAGCCAAAGGCCUCGGUGCCUCUCAGGUGGUCUGCCCCUACUGCCCUAACAGGCUCGUCCCCUGUGACCUGAUGGAGCACUUCAAGACUACCCACGGCAUGCUAGUAAGCAUUCAGCCCCCCCAGCCAGGUGGUGCAGUGAGCCGUAGCCCCAGCCUCAGUCCCAGGGAUGGAGCUGCGACCACCUCCACCCUCCAGAUCAGCCAGCCCAGACUGCGAGUCCACAGAGAGAGCCUCAAUGGGCAGACAAGGAGUGGUUCAGCUUCACCGGCUUCCCCCCUGGCAAACGGCAGCCCUUCAGCUGGGGGGGGGUCACCUUUGGCUGGCUCCCCCCUGCCUGUUCCUCCCCAAAGGGCUCCCUCUCUGACUGUGACCCCUGUGCCUGAGGUCCUCAGGGAGACUGAGGGGGCUUCCCUCCUUCCAGACAAGGCUGUCCCGAACACAGCCUCCCAUCCCGACCCCACCCCCCAGCCUGCUCUUAUCUCUACCCACAAAAGCACAGUGAUCUCCCCUGUCCUGAACGGUAACUCCCGCUUCUGUCGGCUCUGCAACAUCAAGUUCAGCAGCCUGUCCACGUUCAUAGCUCAUAAGAAAUACUACUGCUCCUCCCACAGUGCUGAACAUGUCAAGUGAGCGUCCUCGUCCCCUGACUGUCCUGCUCUGAGCCCAGGCUCUGCUUCAAUAGGUUCAAAGAAGCCAGAUGUCCCUUUUCCUCUGCCAGUCCUCCCGCAUGGGUGCCAGAAAGGCGCUCAGCUGGCAUGACCAUGAAUGACAAUGAACGACUGUUACUCUUACCUGACAGGGCCUAAUGCUCCGAGCAGAGUCACAGGUGUUGUUACUACCACACUGAAGUGAGGCUUCUGAUGGGUCAACGUUUGGAGAACACUAAGAACUCAGAUGCUACCUGCACACACUGCUGUGCCCUCGUCCCAUUGAUCACUCUGUGUCUUUGUACCGCAGUCACCAAUUCAACUCCUGCCACUCCCAGGCCUCACAGUUGCAUUAUGGGAUGUUUCAAACAUGUAUGUCACGUCCUCUCUCUGUCUCUCUGUUGAACUGUCAGUAAUUAGGUUCUGACAUGUGGAGGCAUUUCUCACGAUGACUGAUAACCCGCUAUGUUAAUCUGGUUAUGAUAAAUCUCCAGACUUUUCCUGAGCUCUUAAUGUUCCAGACUAAAACCGAGGAAUAAUUUCUCUAGUGGAAAAACACUUGAUCACUGUUAAUGUUUUUAUUAUCUGUGCAUAAUGUAUGAUGUCUGAAAACAAGAAUUAUAUUAUACUAUUGUUUCAACACUGGCUCUUUCUUCCUUACUAGAGAAGCUGAAGCGUUUUUAGCUGAAAAACAAAAAUGUAUUAUCACAAUGUUACUAAUUACUGAAGGAUAAUAUUGCAAAAUGGACCAUUUUUGGUUUCUUUUCAUAUACACAUUUUUUUCUCUUCAAAACAUUCAAGCAAGAAGAAGAUGUGAAAAAUAUUUAUCUUUUUAGUCCUCACUGAUUUCAUGUCAACAGAAAACUACCUACCUGGUGUCAGAGAGUACUUGUAUUUUUAUUUGUAUAUUUUUAAUACUGUUGGAAGGAUUUGGAUGUGUUUUUCUAAGUGUAGAUAUGUAAUAUCUUCUCACAGUAAUCACUGGGAUCACACUGAACUUUGUUAUCACGUUAGCCUUUGGUGUUCUGGUUAUUUAGUUGGUGGUGAUGGCUUAAACCAGCGCAAACCCCCCCCCACCCCUCCCCCACGUUUUUGGCGUGAGAAUAAAGGAG